AAAGUACCUAUAUAUAUUGAGUUUACAUAAACCUUUGACCACCAACUAUGAAUGUGUACAGUAAUCUUCAUCACCAUAACCGACCUUAUGUAUUUUUACCGCCAAAAUGCUCAUCUCUUUCCCAAAGAAAUACAUGUUUAGAGUUUCCAGUUCGUCUCCGAUCCAUCUCCCUCUGUGAUUGGAGUUCACGAUUAGUAGUUCGUAGAUCUGUUUCAAAUCAGUUUGUGAAUCCGAUUGAUCGAAAUGAGUCUCAAGAGUUCGCACCAAUAUUACCUCAGAAUCAUGAAAAGAAGGCGACCUCCAUCAUCGACACUUUGAAGAACGCCAAUUCGAUUUUGCCUCAAGUUGUCCUCAUCAGUACAAUUUUGGCUUUCAUUCAUCCCUCUUCUUUCACAUGGUUUACUAGCAGGUAUUAUGCUCCAUCUUUAGGUUUCUUAAUGUUUGCAGUUGGACUCAACUUGAGUGAAAAGGAUUUUACAGAAGCAUUCAAGAGGCCAAUACCUAUCUUUACUGGUUACGUUUGUCAAUUCGUUCUAAAGCCUCUUCUUGGUUAUCUUUUUGGAACACUGGCCAUAACUUUAUUCAGGCUUCCAACUUCCUUAAGUGAUGGAAUAAUGCUAACUUCUUGUGUUAAUGGUGCUCAGCUCUCUAAUUAUGCCACGUUUUUAACAGACCCAACAAUGGCACCUCUAAGCAUUGUUAUGACCUCACUAUCAACUGCUUCUUCUGUUUUUUUCACACCAUUUUUAUCUCUUCUUCUUCUUGGAAAGAGGUUGAAUGUUGAUGUCUGUGGAAUGGUUUCCAAUAUUCUUCAGAUUGUUGUUUCCCCUGUUGCUGCUACCUUACUUCUCAAUCGAUUCUACCCAGAAAUUUCUUGUGCAAUUCGUCCAUUUUUGCCUCCUAUAUCACUUUUGGUGAAUUUUUUCUGUGUUGGGGCCCCACUUGCAAUAAACAUGCAAUCAAUCAUGUCCCCAUUUGGGAUCUCCAUUACAUUCCUUAUGAUCAUGUUUCAUUUAUCCGGAUUUAUCCUUGGACACUCAUUUACAGGCAUUUUAUUCCAUAAUCACCCCGAUGUCCAACCUCUUCAAAGAACCUUAUCUUAUGAAACAGGUAUGCAGAGCGGUCUGUUGGCAGUUGCAUUAGCGAAUAAAUUUUUUCAUGAUCCGCUUGUGGGAAUCCCGCCGGCUAUAUCAGUGGUAGUCAUGUCAUUAAUGAGUUUUUCUCUUGUGAAGAUUUGGGGUAAAAAGGAAAAUAUAUGAUUGACUUAAGUUUAUAGAUUUAUUUUUUAUAUUUAAUAUAUAAUUACAUGGUUUCAUUAAACCAUAUGUUAUAUUAGUUCUAGGAUUGCUUCGAAUUUACAUAA